AUGUUUGGGCUGGAGCAGUUUGAGCCUCAGAUCAGCAGCAGAAACGCCGGACAAGGAGAAAGAAACUUUAGCCAGGCCGGACUGACCAUGAGCUCCCACUUCAAAUCGCCAGCUUUCCACUCGGGGGGCCCCGCGGAUCCGGCCAUCAGCGCCCUGGCCGAGCCUCCCAUCCUGGGCAUGAACAUGAACAUGAACAUGGCUGGGGAAGCGUACGGCUUCCAUGCCCGGGGACACUCGGAGCUGCAUGCAGGGGGGAUGCAGGCUCAGCCGGUUCAUGGCUUUUUCGGCAACCAGCAGCCUCACCACGGUCAUCCCAACACCCACCACCCGCACCAGCAUCACCCGCACUUCAGCGGCAACUUUGGGUCCGAUCCCAGCGCCUCCUGCUUGCAUGGAGGGCGGCUGAUGAGCUACAACAACAUGGGCAGCCAGCAAGCGUUUGCGGAGGGCUAUGAACAUAUGGCUGAGAACCAAGGAGGCGAAGGCUUUGGACAGCAAAGGUCAGGUAACAUGCCCGAUUUCCAGCACCACAACUCCAGCGCCUCUAACCACGCCGUGCCAGCACCCUGCCUCCCCCUGGAUCAGUCUCCCAACCGGGCUGCCUCCUUCCAUGGGCUUCCAGCCUCCAGCUCCUCGGAUUCCCAUAGCCUGGAGCAGAGGCGGCUUCCCAACCAGGGCGGCGUCGAUUCUUUGGAAUACAAUUACCCCAGCGAUGGCCCUUCAGGACACUUUGAUUUGCCAGUGUUUUCCCCUUCCGAGUCAGACGGGCAGCUUCCUCACUAUGGGGCUGGCAGACAAGUUCCUGGGGGCGGCAGUUUCCCUGGCACAUCUGUUUUGCCCAGAGCACCAGGCAUAGUGGGGAUGUCCAAAGUUCACCCGCAGCAGCAGCAUGGUGUAUUCUUUGAAAGGUUUGGAGGUGCUCGUAAGAUGUCUGUGGGCAUGGAGCCUGGUGUUAACGCCAGACAUCCUUUAAUGCAACAGCAGCAACAGACAGGUUUACUGGCCAGACAAAACUCCUGUCCGCCAGCAAUUCCUAGGCAACAGCAAACAGAAGCCAAUACUCCCAACCCCAACUUGCAGGACAAUGGGCCAAUAAUGCAGAACCAGCAUGCACAGUUUGAAUACCCUAUUCAUAGACUGGAGAAUAGGAAUAUGCAUCCAUAUACUGAUCCCGUGUUUAAUAUGCAGCACCCUCCUCCGCAACAGCAACCAAAUCAGAGACUGCAACAUUUCGAUGCCCCCUACAUGAACGUGGCCAAGAGGCCUAGGUUUGACUUCCCCAAUAACCCCGCGGUCGAUAGGUGCGCCUCCUGGAAUAACAAUCUGCACAGCGCGGGGCUGGAAAACCAUCUAUCGCCUUCCGCCUACCCCGGCCUCCCGGGCGAGUUCACGCCGCCCGGCCCGGAGAGCUUUGCCCCGGGCCCGCCGCUCCAGCACCCGGGCCCCGACCCGCAGGCCCUGCAGCAGCGCCAGAACGCCGCCCUGAUGAUCAAGCAAAUGGCGUCCCGGAACCAGCAGCAGAGACUCCGGCCGCCCGGCCUGCAGCAGCUGGGGCACCACGGGGACGUCGGCCCGAGCAGCCUGGUGCACGCGGGCCCCGUGGGCAGCCUGCCGCAGCCCGGCUUCGAGCGCGACGGGACAGGCCGCGGGCCCGCCUUCGAGCCGCAGACCCCGCACCUGGCCCCGGACAGCGGCUGGUUCCCCGGCCCGCCCCCGCCGGGAGAGCUGCUGCCGCGGCGCCUGGGCGGCCCCGCCGAGCCCGGCCCGCACGAGCUCGGCCUGCCGCAGACCGGCUCGGGCCUGCUCUUCCGGCCGGCCGUGGGCGGGCUGGGGCUGGCGGGGGAAGGACACGUGCCGGCGCUGCACUCCCCGGGCGUCCACCCCCCGUUCGGCGCCGGCCUGGCCCCGCUGCAGUCCCCCGGCGGCGGCGUGGGGCUGCCCAGCGCGCCCGCCGAGCGCCGGCCGCAGCCCGACUUCGCCGCGCCCCCGCUGGGCGGCCAGGCGGCCUUCGCCUUCGGCGCCUCGGGCCGGCCGGCCCCGCCGCACAGCGCGCCCGGCGCCAGCGCCUCGCCCGGCGCCUUCCCGCCGCCGCCGCCCGACUUCCCGCCCGCGCCGCGCGCCGCGGCCAGCAAGCUGGGCGCGCUGUCGCUGGGCUCCUUCGCCAAGCCGGCCAAGGAGAGCGGGUUCGGGCAGAGCUGCCUGGCCGCGCUCUCCACCGCCUGCCAGAACAUGAUCGCCAGCCUGGGCGCGCCCAACCUGCACGUCACCUUCGCCAAGAAGAGCCCGCCCGAGGGCAAGCGCAAGCUGGGCCCGCCCGAGCCCGACGGCGGCCCGGCCCCCGGCCCGGACUUCUUCCCCGCCGGGGCGGCCGCCGCCAAGGCCGCGCCCGAGACCGGCCUCUCGCCCGGCUACGCGCCCGAGGCGCCGGGCGGCGAGGCCAAGGCGGCGGCGGCGGCGGCUGGCGGGCGCGGGCGGGGCCGGCGGAAGCGGGACAGCGGCCACGUCAGCCCGGGCGGCUUCUUCGACAAGUUCCCGCCGGCCGAGGGCGCCGCCAGCCCGGGCCCGCCCGACAAGCCGCUGACCUCGCCCUCCUGGGCCCAGGGCGGCGAGCUGCUGCUGGCCGAGCCGCCCGACCUCAUGGCCUCGCUGGACAGCGGCAUCCAGAGCGCCAGCAAGUCGGACGGCGGCUCCCCGCGCGGGGACUUCCCCGACGAGCCCAGCCCCGCCUACGGCCACGAGGACGAGGUGUCGUCCAGCUCCGACAGCGCCCCGGCCAAGCCCACGCGCAGCCCGCUGCUGGGCGGCUCCCCCAAGCUGCCGCGGGCCGAGCACGCGCUGCUGGGCGGCCAGAAGCCGCUGGGCCUGGGCCUGGGCCUGCUGGGCGGCGCGGCCCCGGCCCCAGCCCCGGCCCCGGCCCCGGACAGCUACGGGCUGGGCGGGGGCGCCCACCCGGGCACCCCGGGGCUGGAGCCGGUGCGCACCCCCACCAGCACCUCGGCCCAGGACGAGAUCCACCCGCUGGAGAUCCUGCAAGCGCAGAUCCAGCUCCAGCGGCAGCAGUUCAGCAUCUCCGAAGACCAGCCGCUGGGCAUGAAGAGCAAAAAGGCCGAGUGCCCCAGCCAGAGCGGGGAGGGCGACUUGAACAGUUGUUGCUCGGAUAACGUCAAAGGGGCCAUGAGCACCAUAGACCUGGACUCUCUGAUGGCAGAGCACAACUCUACCUGGUACAUGCCUAGCGAGAAGUCCUUGAUGGAGGGACAAGAGGAGGACAAACCUAUGGCACCGUGGGAGAAGUCAAAGCCUCAGAAUCCCAGCAAAGAAGCCCACGACCUUCCCCAGAACAAGACCUCAGCUGCGGCGCAGACUGGCAGCCAUUUGCAAUGCCUCUCAGUCCACUGCACGGAUGACAUGGGCGAGUCGAAGGGCCGGACUGCGGUGCCGACAUGGAGAUCCCUGCACUCAGACAUCUCUAACAGAUUUGGGACUUUUGUGGCUGCCCUGACUUGAACAAAAGGAAAUUAUUUUUUUCUCUUUUUAAUUUUAAAGGGCCGCUACUGCUAGGUGGACUAUUUUUCUAGGUUGGUACCUGCUUAGUGGCAUAUGGACUGGAAAGGGUUAAUUUAAAGUAAACCUCAAUUUUUUUAAUCUUCUGCCACAGUAUGUUACCAGUGUUAACCCUUCUGCAGUUAGCACACUUUUGCUUAAAAUUUUCCUGCUAGAUCAUUUCCCCCAUUAUUCUGUAAUCUUGGCAUACAUUUAUAGAUGAGGCCUUUUCCUUUUUCAUCUCAACGUAUGUCCAAGUAGUGUGUGUCAUAAGACAGAUACUUCUCCUUUCUUUUUUUUUUCUUUUUUUUUGCCCCCCCCCCCCUUUUUUUUUUCCCCGCUUUGUUCAGUGCUUAUUAAAAUGGAAAUCCUGGAGAAUAGCAGUUCAGGAAUAAAUGCCGGUUGAAGUGAAAUUGUCAUCAUAUUCUAUAUUGACACCAAGCUUUCGUCAGUCACAUACAAACCAAACAAUUAAUGCUCUAUUAAGUAUUCAGCCUGUGAUUUUUGUCUUUCCUGAGAUAAUUUAUUUUUUGUUAUCAAGAAUACAUUCAGCCUUCAUCUCUUGCUGUUAAGUGGAAACAACUAUUCAGUUUAUUUGCUGACUUGAAGCCCAGAUAUAGAGUGUUAUUCAGAGCAAUAGGGCCUGUAGCGGUGAAGCCUGGUUGACCAAACACGUUUAAAAAAUGUGAAACUGCCAGUUAAAGCAUUUUAAUCCCUUCUCCACCAAGGACCAAGAUUUGAGUGGAAUUCCUCCCACCUGUCUCUCUUACUGGGGACACACGGGGACUGCAGAUCACCUCUAGGACAGUGUGUAUCUAAAGUCCCCACGUCUUUAAUUUUGCUCCCAGAAGAAGGGAAGUUUAAAUACUACGUUAUCUCUAUAACUGUUGAAGCAAGGGCUUCUUUUAAGGAAAAUCACAUACCAAACCCCCUUUGUACUGUGCUCUUCCUGUGAAACAACUUCCUGGUUACAGGAAUGUAAAAAAGCUCUGAUUCCUUGACAUGAGGAACUCCCCUGUGCUAGGCUAAAUUUAAAUCAGCCAUCCAGCUAUUAUUUAGGCCAUGUCUACACUACCACUUAUGUCAGCAAAACUUAUGUCGCUCAGAGGUGUGAAAAAAACACCCCCUGGAUGACAUAAGUUUUGCCAGCAUAAGUGACAGUGUGCACAGCGUGACGUCAGUGGGAGAGCUUCCCCUGCGACACAGUUACCACUGCUUGUUGGGGGUGGUUUAGUUACGUUGACAGGAGAGCUCUCUACCCUCAGCACAGAGUAGGUAUGUAGGAGAUCUUACAGUGGCACAGAUAAGGUUGCCAUCUUUCUAAUUGCUGGUAACUGGACCCUCGAGGCCCAGCCCCUUUCUCUGCCUCUCCACCCCUCCCCCCAAAAGAUACCUCCCUCCGUUGCUCGCUGGAUCAUCUCCACCUCCCACCCCACCCACCAGCUAGACUCCCUCUGCUCCGGGGCUGGGACGGGAGCUGCUGCAGCCUGACAAGGAGCCUGUCUGCAGGUAGGAAUGGCCCCAGCUGAGCAGGGGCUGGCAGGGGUUAAUGACUCGACACCUCCCCUCACCCUGCGGUAACCGGAUUUUUGGUGUCUGGUCAAUACAUCUGACCAGGCGCUGCCAGGUCCCUUUUUCAACCAGACUUUCCGGUUGAAAACCAGACACAGAAGCCAAAAACCGGACUGCCUGGGUAAAACCCGGGUGGAUGGCAACCUUAGCCCCGUUGCAUCGAUACAGCUGUGCCACUGUGAGCUCUCUAGUGUAGAUAUAGCCUUACACUUACCAAAGGAGUCACAAGUCAGCACUGAAGCAAAGGCGUCAUUUUUGGGCUAAAGAAGAAGGUACCUCAGAUUGCUGGUAAAGCUUUUAGUAUAGCGGCGUGUGCCCUUUUUCCACAGCAGGACUUUGGUGCCAUUACUUGAAGUGCCACCCUUUAAUGUAUGUCACUGAGAAUGCUGAAUGUGUGAGAUCAGGCUUUUUCAGGAGUGGAACCAAGCAUGAAGCUGGGAAAUUUGGUACAUAUCAGUACGUACUGAUGGGUAUCCUUUUCAUUCUAGCCAGUCCCCACAUUUGUGCACCUGUGAGUCAGAGAUUAGCAUUCUCUAAACUGCCAGGGUGCUGGUAGAGCCUAAAGUAGAUCACAUAAUUCCUGCUGGUAAAGACAGUUUCUAUUUGACAUUUGUCGUGUUUGAAGGACAGUAUUAUUAGAUACAUACAAUAAAAGGAAACCAUUCUUUCCUGCUCUUCACAGAUAAUACUCAUUAGGACAGAAAGCUGGAAACAAAUGAGCUAAAAACAAAAAUUAAAAGAUGAUUGGACACUGGUGUGGUUUUACAUAACGCUAUCUAUAAUUUGUGUAGCCUCUGCUUACAGUAAGACGAAACGGUCCCACCCUUGUUCAGAUGUGUUCAGUCCAGUGGUGCUGGAACAGUUUUUAUAGUGGGGGUGCUGAAGGUGGAAACCAUGUAUUUGGGUGGUUGUUACUAUUUCAAGCCAGGGGGUGUGGCAGCACCCCUACUUCCAGCACCCAUGACUCAGUCUCCUCCACUCUUUGCGGUUACUAAGAACAUUGGAGGAUUAGAUCAUAGCUGUGAAAUAAAGGACUGAAACGCCAUGGUUAUUUAUCACUUGUUUCAUGGAUUCACAGUGUGCCCCUUUUUGAGAGUUGCUGUUCAGAGUUCUGUCUUGAAUUUAUCUUGGAUGGUCGCAUUGGGCCAUCGUUUUUUAAGCGGAGUUCUGUAUUGACACCACUGGGGAGGGAAUUGUGCUUAAUAACUCAUGGUACAUUGUGGUUCUGAAAUCUUUCAAUCAUGCUGUUUCAAAACUCUCAACAUUUUAAAUGAAGUUACAGAUGGUAUUUAACUUGUCACAUUCUCCCUGCUCUCUUAUUUGGAACAAGCUCUCAUUGGCCUUAUGUGGAUUUAUUUUCCUGUUGUGUCACUGCUCACUGAGGUGACUUGGGUUAAUUUUUUUUUAAACUAGGAAAUUAUAAUAAGAGUCCUUGAGUUUUAGUUGGUCUUUUGUUUCAGAAUUUAAAAAACAUCCCCGAUUUUGAGAAGCUUUUAAUCUUUUUUUUUUUUUUAAAGAUUUUAUUGACGCUGGAACGGUUACUGGAAUAUGGAGUUUGCCCCUGCUAUAAUUCGGUGAAUAUGGAGUUAGCUUGUAUUCCUGGGUCUAGAACAAAAAGGCAUGACACUUGGCUGGAUCCAGAUGAAAGGCUCAAAUCUUCUGCCCUUCACCUACUCUAAAUAACAUUGUCUGAGGUAAUAUAUCUCCUGAUGUAACAAUUGUUACCCAGCCUCACUUUGGAGAACACGCCCCAACCCAAGAAAGCAUAGUUUCUUAGGUCCCAGUUCAGCAGAGUGCUUACGUAUGUGCUUAAUUUUAAAUGUAAGUAAUUCCAUCUCUAGUCAUCAAAGCACUUACGCAUGUGCUUUCCUUGAGGCACGUGUUUCUCUCGUUAGCUUUAAUGGAAUUUAAACCAAGUUUUUAAAAAAAAUUACUAGGAGUGGGAGGAAACUUGGUUCUGUCUCUGGAACUACCUGUUUGUUUAUCAAAACUGUUUGGACAAUACUACAGAUCUGUUUAACCUUUUUGGUAGCUUUGUUCCAUCCACCAUGUCUCCCUGACUUGUAAAUGGCUUAUUCUCACCUUAACUGAGGGACAGAAUGCCAGCUGCCUAAUAGUAAUCAUUGAGGUGAUACCAGCGCAUUGCAGUGGGAUUUCAGGGUGCCUAUUUGCAAAAUUCUGGUGGAAUAAGGUGUAUGCAUUUACUCACCAGGUGAAUGUUUAUUACCAAUCUUUUGUUACCUGUGAUAAGUUUCCUGUCCAGCUUCUCCAUUGAUUUGAUAAGCGCACUGAUUUUUUUUAAACAUGUACGAAAUAUCAGCAGAGCACUAGAUUAUAAAAAAGGUUUAGUUUCUGGAAUAAUGAUACUUGUCUUCAUUUUUAGACUGCUUUGAGAGCUAUAGAUGAAAAAUGCGGUGUGAGAGCUAAGUAUCACUAUAUCCCCAUUUUACAGGGCAGGAAAGCUACGGGGGGGGGGCGGGGAAGUGACUUGAGAUGACUCCCAGAACUGGUACUAUAACACUCCUGACUCCUAGUCCAGUGUCAUACCCAUUGGCCUAUCUGCUUCUUCAGUAUAAUUUUAAAACUCCUGCCUUUGAGGUCAGUCUAAUCCAAUAAGUAAUGAAAUUCAGUGAAUUGCAAAUGCUGCAAAAGUGACUGCAUAAAGACAAAAAAAAAGUUUAAAGUGCAUCUGCAUAUUUUGAAAGACUUCAUGGGGGUGAAAACAUGGCACUAAAAAGCCAGUAGUUUUAUGGUAAAUAUGCAUUUAUCAUGUGUACAAGUUUCAUUUUGUGUUGCAAACAGCAGCUCAAAAUAAUAUGGCUUCAUACUUGUACUGCAGUGUCCACUUUGACCUGCCUGGCAUUUUCAGUUGCUGUACACAGGCACGUAGUCUAGGCAGCAGUCUAAGCAGCAUUUUAGAAAUUAAAUCUUUUAGUUCCUACCCCUUGAGGGUAAAUUUCUCCCUGCACAGUGUUUGCUGACUUUUUUGAUAUGUGUUAAAAGAAAUGUCAUACUUACACUUCGAGUUUGAGCAAGUAGCAUAUUGAGCAAAAUACCUUUCUUUGGUUUAAGUUAUGGGGAGUGAUGAGUCAUCUUUGUCAAAAAAGAAUGAAUAGGCCUUAUUUAUUAAAUGCUCUUUGGGAGUUUUCCCCAGGUCAUGUUCUCAUAGGGUUAAUAUUUCUCCGUUACUAUAGUUCAGUUGUUAGCUCUUCAGUGACAUACAUAACAAUUUAGAUUCAUUUUCAUUUAAUUAAGGUGAAUUUCAGCAAAUGUGGAAUGAUUUCAGGAUUAAUGUGGUAUGGUAGGUGGAAGGGAAAUAAAAAUGAAAAUUUUGUCAUCUACUUCAUUUAGCGAACUCCUUCGAAUGCUGUAUUUAGAGGUGGUCGUUAUAAGGCCAGUUAACCUUUCCAACCAGGAAAUCAGUUUGAAGGCUUUCUAGCACAACACUAAGACUAAAUGUUCAUUAACUCCUUAAUGAAGAACUGUGUAAUAUGACCACAAGUCUAUCUGCUGUAGAGCAAGUCAUGUUUGCUCUAAUACUAAGAAGAAAUAGAAUUGGUAAAUUUGAUUUUUUUUUUUUAAAAGCUGCAGUGUACCCUUUUCUUGAAUUCUAGACUAACAGCUGUUCAGUGGAUGGGGUGUAAGAGCUUAAUCCAUUGUUAUAGAAUUGUUUCUCCUUUAUUGCUUAAGGCUAAUGGAGGAAAUAGUCUAAUUUUGUCUUAAAAUUUCUCUAUUAAAAUUGUUGGUUUGAGUCCAUCCGUUCAUAGAUUUUGACUGAUGAAACUGCAGGCUGCGAAUUCCGGCAGUUAUAACUUGAUCACUAUUCACUACCCAAGAAUAUUACAGCUUUAAAACAGCCUUAAGCAAAAGGAUGUUAUUUCUUUGUACUAAAUUUGGUUCAUGGAUAAGAAAAAAAAAUCAUAACACUGGUAAUCCGUACUGCAUAGCAAACUCUUCUGAAAAAUGUUAUUGCACAUGUAAAAUAUGAAAACUUGACUCUGCUGUGUGUUAGGCAAUCCUGUAAUCUUUUUUUCUCUCUUGUUAAAUUCAUUUCUUAAAUGCUUGGUUGGAAGACUGUGACAAUAGCUCAUGAAAUUGAGUGUUAUUUUUCUUUCUUUUUUUAAAUAUGUAAAGUGCAGUCUUCUGUAUUCAUGCAUAUUGUAUAUAUCUGUAUAUGUUUUACUGAGCAACUAAAUAACAAUAAAUAUGAUGUUAAUGGUG